AUGUUCUCCCUCCGCGCCGUUUUCGGUGCCUCCUCCGGGGCCCUCCGCCAGUUCUUCCCCUCUGUGACCACCCGGACCGCCUCAUUACGGCCUUUCUCACACAUGAUUCGCAACAGCCUGACAAGACUCCGUGGACAAGCAAAGUCCGGCAAUGCUGUUGCUGUGGCGAAUGGGUCUGCUAAACAGGUGGAGCAGGUUCGAGGAAUGAAGACUCGGUCUUCUGUUAAGAGACUAUGCGAUGGCUGCAAGCCCGUUCACCGCAAAGGCCGUGUCUACAUCAUCUGCUCGAAGAACCCUAAGCACAAGCAACGGCAGGGGAAAUAG